UCUAUAUUCAGACCCUAUUCUACUUGUUUUAUUGCACACAUAACAAUUUUAUCCUUCCAGAGAAACCCUAAAAUCUAAAGAGAAAGAAAGCGAUGGGAAGAGGGAAGAUUGUGAUUCGGAGGAUCGAUAAUUCAACAAGCAGGCAAGUGACUUUUUCAAAGCGUAGAAAGGGAUUGAUUAAGAAAGCGAAAGAGCUGGCAAUUCUUUGCGAUGCAGAAGUUGGCCUUGUAAUCUUCUCCAGCACAGGAAAGCUCUAUGAAUUUGCUAGCACCAGCAUGAAAUCAGUAAUAGAAAAAUAUCUAAAAUCAAAGGAGGAACAUCAACAACUACUCAACCCAGCAUCAGAAGUCACGUUUUGGCAAAGGGAGGCAGCAAUUUUAAGGCAUCAAUUGCAGAACUUGCAAGAGAACCAUAGGCAAUUGAUGGGGCAAGAACUUUAUGGUUUGGGUGUCAAAGACCUUCAAAAUAUUGAGAACCGAUUGGAAAUAAGUCUGAAAGGUAUUCGUAUGAAAAAGGAACAAUUAUUAACCGACGAGAUACAAGAGAUAAAUCAAAAGGGUAGUCUUAUUCAUGAAGAAAACAUGGAGUUACAUAAGAAGAUCAUUGCCAUUCGUCAAGAAAACAUGGAACUGUACAAGAAGCUUUAUGGCACAAGGGACAUGGAUCCAGCAAGCCAAAACACCUUGAAUAUUCCAUUCGCUAUCAGCAGUACUUCUGGUGAGGUUUCAAAUGUGCCGGUUCAGCUUCAACUAAGCCAGCCAAGCCAAUAACAUUAAUAGACACCAAUAAGAGCAAUAUUAUGAAAGCAGACUUCAAAUGUAGACAAAACGAAAAGAUUGAGGGCUGCAGAGAUAUUUUAAUUACCAGUUACUAAACAAUCACAUAAAGCAUAUAUAGAAGAAUGCUUCUUGGACUGAGAUGAGCUGGUUAUGACUCAAUUCAAAUGACCAACCUGACAUUCUCUAUGAGCAAGUUAUCAAUGAAAAGCCGAAUAUGUAUAUAUAUAUAUAUAUACAUAUGUAAGAUUUAGUUCCAGAAAACAAAAUGAUGUAAUUUAUGGAUUACAAUUUCAGAAAUAUGUUAAAAAAUGUCAGUCAGAUAAUUAUUAUUGUGAUGAAUAAGAGAAAAAAGUGUUGUCCAUAAUCCUAAAGCUUGAUAAAGAUCUAGCACUGAUACACUAAAACUAGAAUGAUUUAUAAGGACCAUAUAGCACAUAAGUAAUUAAAGCAGGUUGUGCUCUUACUAUAACAUUUAGUUUAACUCAAUGACAUUGAUCUCUAAUGAUUGAAAUUUACGAAAGAAGAGUACUUGACUAAUACUUGUUUGUGU